AUGACGGAAUCCUCUACCUCACAAGCCAACCCUACCGGCAUGAUUCGACGAGGGUAUGAGGAAAUGUGCGGCAAGCGAGCUUAUGUGAGCAAAGAACAGAAAUUGUGGGCAUUCUUGUUUAGCUUCAGCCCCUCAAAUGCACAAGACUUGCUCUCCUCAAGAAGCCAUACCGGCACAGAGACGCAGUGGCCCACAGAUCAGAUGGCUCCUCAUGUGCUUCGCAGGCAAACUGGACAACGCCGAGUAAAAACAGCCUUUAUGGGCACGCAAGCACAACUCACAAAAUGCUCGCAUUGUCUGCAUUAUUGGUCUCUUGUUAGGAGCAUGUUUUCAUCCUGA